UCUCAAUCUCUCUGUUGAGUCUGUUCCCAUUUCUUUCUUCCUUUAUUUAUCGUUAUUACUUAUUAUUAAUACUUGUUCUCUCCAGAAUAUAUACAAACAUUCUGAAACCUUCGAUUCCCGUAUUGCAUAACAUCCCACAUCGAAAGAAAGAGUUGCAGAGAGAGAGAGAGGGAGAGAGAGAGAAAAUGGCUAGCACUGAUCUGGAGAGAGGAGGCGAAAAGGGCAGAAGGGCCAACGGCCCCUCCGGCAAUUACUAUGUUGAUAGCGCGGAUCGCGAGUGGACUUCGUGGUUGAUUCCGAUGUUUGUGGUUGCCAAUGUUGCUGUCUUCGUAGUGGCCAUGUACAUCAACAACUGCCCAAAAAACAACCUGGGUUUGGAUGGGGCUUGCGUAGCCAAGUUUCUUGGCAGGCUCUCGUUCGAGCCUCUCCAUGAGAACCCUCUCUUCGGCCCCUCUUCUUCUACAUUGGAAAAAUUAGGAGCUCUGGAGUGGUACAAGGUAGUGCACGGGCAUCAAGGAUGGAGACUUGUUAGUUGUAUCUGGUUGCAUGCUGGUGUUAUUCACCUGCUUGCAAACAUGUUGAGCUUGAUCUUUAUUGGGAUCCGCCUGGAACAGCAAUUUGGUUUUGUGCGAAUUGGUAUACUCUAUCUAGUGUCAGGAUUUGGUGGAAGCAUAUUAUCUUCCCUCUUUAUUCAAAACAAUAUCUCUGUUGGUGCCUCUGGCGCUUUGUUUGGCCUUCUUGGAGCAAUGUUAUCAGAGCUUAUAACUAAUUGGAGCAUUUAUACCAAUAAGGCUGCUGCUCUAUUCACCCUUAUAGUCAUCAUUGCCAUUAACUUGGCAGUUGGAAUUCUUCCUCAUGUUGAUAACUUCGCCCACAUCGGAGGAUUCUUGACAGGUCUUCUCCUUGGCUUUGUUUUGCUACUUAGACCCCAGUUUGGAUGGGUGGAAAGCCAAUAUCUUCCAGCUGAUACCCGUCCCCGUUCUAAGUACAAGUCUUACCAAUAUGUUCUCUGGGUGGUUUCCGUGGUGUUGGUGAUUGCUGGAUUUGCUGUGGGAUUGGUGAUGCUGUUCAAAGGAGAGAAUGGAAACAAACACUGCAGCUGGUGCCAUUAUCUUAGCUGUGUGCCUACCUCGAAAUGGCACUGUUCCAACUGAUCAAAGUUUGCUGCCCCUCUUAAUUUAUAUACUUUUUCUUCCAACUAUUAUUUUUUAUUUGUUUUUUUUCACUGGGGUGCUUUUGCUCAUGUACAUGCAUAUAUUUUCGUAGUUCACUGUGGACAUAAAGACAGUAAUAUUAGGGUACAGUUUUAUACCGAAAGUCUUUCCAUUGUACACAAACUAUCGAGUUUUUAUAGACAAUGUAUUUUUUUAUUUGUUUUUA